AUGACUCAGAAUUUCUUCGAGUCGUCGGUGACCUCUUUCUUCCAAAGCGCGCCUCUCGGCUCGAGCUUCUCGCCAGGUUCAUCGUCCUCCACUUGCCCUUCGUCGUCGCCCGUCGCCACGACGCUUCUGGGACGCGGCGGCUUCACGGCGCAGAUGGAAAAGGCGUUUCCGUACUUUUUUUCCGCAUCACCGCAAGCUUCGCCGGCGGCCCGCCGCUCCGCCGACGAAGCCCGCGGCGGCGGAGAGGAAGGCAAGAAGAGCUGCGGGUCGCGCGAGACGCACGACUGCCCCGGCGAGGCGCUGCGACACGCGCGCGAGGCAGGCAGCGGCUGCGGGCGCGAAGCGGCGGCGCUGCUGCGCGAUGCAAAGAGCGCGCUGGACAAGGUGUGUCGCCAGUCGGGACAGUGGAGUGUGUUGCGGGAAGCGGGUUGUCCUCGGGGCGACGACGAGGGGCGGCAGUUUGAAAAGCACUUCACUUGCUCUUCCCUCGCUUCGCCGCUCACAACCUUCGAGGGAGAGCGAGAGCUGCCGCCUGCAAGGGCGGCCGCGGCCGCUGGCCUCACGUUCUCCUCGCCGUCCCCAGCGCAGUUUUUCUCGGCAGAGAGUCCCUUUCCGUGGGCGCCGUCGCUGCCCCCUUCUGCGCCCCAAGCGGCGCCGUUCGCCUCGGCGUCUCCUGGGCUUGGCGGUGUCAACGCGCCGGGGAGACUUGCGCGGCCUCCUCUCGCGUCUGCGCUGUCCGCCGUCGCAGCGCUCUCUCAGGAUUUGGACGCCGCGGAGCAGCGGGAGACCGCGGCGGCGAGCGGCCUCUUCUCGAAGAGGCCGUUCCAGGCCGAGAGAGAAGGUUCCUCUGUGGGUUGCGAGGCGUUUCCGUCGCUGUACAGCGCGGCGGAGCGGGAGAGCCCUGCGCCUCCCCAGGGCCAGCCCCCCGCGCGACGACCUGCCUUUCCCUCGUUGGUCGUCGGCGCGUCCCUCUGUGCGCGCGCGGGAGAUGCGCGGGCCGCCGCAGGAAGAGAGACGUCUACGGCGUUCAUCCCCGACGCUCGUUUGCUCCACGGCGGCGACCUCUGCGCGUUCCCCGCUGCUGCAAGCCAGGAUAUCCCGCGGGGGGGCGCCCGAGGGGGCGACGCAGGCGGCCCGCGCGAGGAGAGAAACGGAGUCUUUCGCGGUGCGCGAGGCGUCUCCGCGCGUUUUCUGCCGCCUGCGCGGCCUCUCGGCGGGGGCGGGGACGACCCCCGCCACGCGUUCUUCGUGGACCAGAUGUGUGAGGGCGAAGGCGAGCUCCGCUUCACUCACUUCUUCGCCGGGGAGCCGCCAGCUGACGCGCCCCGAGAAGGGAGUCUCCCUCUCGCCGCCCUCUCUGCGUCCUCGAGUUUUUCGCAUGCGCAAGGCUCUCCGCCGAGAGCGUUUGCGUCUUUUCUGUCCCUCUCCGGGCACGCAGCCGACCGCCUCAAUUUGUAG